UCAAGUUUCUUUGCUCUCUGUUCUUUCCUUGGAAGAAGGAAGGAGGGAGGAGAGGAGCAGACAGACAUGGGGAAGGUGAGCAGCAUGCGGCUGGCGCUGGUGGCCCUGGUGCUGGCGAGCCUCAUGCUGUCGGCCCAGGAGGCCGACGGGGCCCGGCCCGACGGCGUCAUCAGCUACAGCGCUCUCGUGCGCGGGAACAGCGCCAACACCACCGAGGCCAGCGUCCGGCCUUCUGCGGUGGCCAACCCUCACACGCGCGGCUGCAGCAAGAUCAGCCGUUGCCGUGGUUGAUGCCUGCCUGCGUGUAACUGCAUGUGUGCGUCUUGUAAUGAUCAAUGGUCAACAUUUUUGACCCCGUGUGGAAGCUAGGAGUAUGAUGCAACACACUCGCUUCUUUCAUCAAUGUAUUUAAAGAUCAUUCCAGUGUUGUCCAUAAUUCAUCAAUGUAUUCAAACUUAACCAAAUCCGUAGAAAGCAUUAACACCAACACUACUAAAUCACUCCUAAGGCAACCCAUGUCGGGCCUUUGGACGACCCAGAUUGGCUGAUUUUUUACUGGGCCCGAACCGUUCGUUCCGGUCCAUAGGAGGCUGUGAGUUGGGCCAAAA